AUGGACUAUUGUAUGCAAAGACAAGAUUACAAUUACGCUAGUAACACAUACUUUGAGAAAAAUAAAAAAAAUGAAAAAAGCGAGUUAGUAUGUUAUGUAGGAGAAGCUUGGGAAGCAUUGUUAAACGCAUUUGUAAAAGGGAAGAAUGAUGCUGGAGAAUUCAAAAAGGACGAAGAGAGUAACAUUCUGGAAACUAAUAUAAUACAUAAUAACGAAAAAAAAUUAUAUCCUUUUAUCUAUAUAUUUGAGAUGAUAACUAAAAAAAAUGAAAUAAGAAAAGAACAAAUGAAGCAUACUAUUUUUAGUGUCAACAGAUGUGUAGACUUUAUUAAUGAUAUAUUUUUUCUUGUAAAAGUUUUUUAUGAAACGUAUCUUUCUAAACAACAUGGCAGUACACUAACUAAAAACGUGUGCACACUUAUAUUUGUAUGGUUAUUAUUUUUAUGUGUUACGUCCUUUUUUACUUUCUAUUUGCGCAAAUUUUUUAUAACAAAUGCCAUACCUGAUAAGCACAGAAAUUUAUUUACAUUACUUAAAGUUUUUAAAGAAAUAAAGACUGUGCCACCAAGUGAAAUCUCUAUUUUAUAUAUCUAUGACAGAGUGCAACAUACAUACUUAAUAAUAAAUAAAUUUUUUGAAGAUAUGCCUCAGUUCUUCUUGUGUCUACUAUAUAUUUUGCUAAAUGGGAAAGACACAUUUCUCAUUAUUUCUAUGUUAUAUUCAGUAGUUUAUUUCGUUUUCAACAUAGUAUAUCAUGGAUUAGACCAUAACAUAGUCAGAUGGUUGCACGUCUUCUUUUCGGCUUAUUUUUUCGAGGACUCAUUCAUUGAGUAUGACGCUGCACCGACUAAUAAAUUGUUUUCUUUGUAUGCUUUUUUCGUUUUCCUGGCGUCAUCUCUCUUUGCCCUGUCCACAAAAAGGCUAGUCAGCAAUUUUUGGGUACCGCUUAUUUAUUUUCAAUUUUCAGUACUCUUUCUUCUAUCACUAACAUUUCUGUUAAUAUAUUUUUAUAUUUGUUUUCUCUCAAAGCAAUAUUUUUACCUAAACUCGUAUUUCUGUUUGUGCGACCAAUAA